CUGCGUGUAAACUACAGUUGGUGGAAGAACAAAAAAUGUCUGGAGAGCCAGUACUGACCGUCAAGCGAAGACAGUCGUUGCUAUCGGGAUUUAUGCUGACUAUUUCAAGACUUUUGAGUACCUCACCGUGGGUGAUCGAAACGAUUGCGUUAUUGUUAUUUUGAACCAUAUUUAAGGUGGCCUUUAGCGCCUAGAGCAGCACAUCUCUAAAGAAGCGAGAAGACCAGAUACAGAGUGAAAGGAAUGUUUUUUGCUCUCACCGAGAGCUGUUUUUCUCACUCUCCCUCACAAUCUCUCAUCCCAUCUGUUGGAGCACUUAUGCCAAGGCUGUUUCAUAACCAGAAAUUCAUGUCUUGUCUGCAGCGCUUUGAGUGACACUUCUUCCCAAGAUAAUUAUUGUUCUGUUUGUUUAGAAAGACAACUUUUGCUUUUAAGUGAUUUGUAACAACCUGCAAUUUUUUUUCUGAAAAUCUGCAAAGAGAAGAUUUUCAAAGGAAACAGGAGAAACGAUGAUGCGCUCUGUGUUUUUUUUAUUUUAAUUUUUAACUAGCAGCCAACAACUAUGAUUCACAAGUGUGUACAUAGCAGUCCCACUUAAGUUAAAGUUGCUGCUUUUUUUUUUGGCCUUGGCUGACCCCCUCAAUCAAGCUGUACCAGCCUCAUCUUACACUAGUAUGAGUUAUGACAACUCUAAAUCAACGCCCAGCAGCAGCACUUGGGGGCGAAUGGCAGGGGGCGACAAGAAAGACCAGGAAGCGGAGUCCCAAGGGUUAAGUGUGCAGAAAACCAGCAGUGGUCAGCUCGGUGACAGUGUCACCCAAACGGGCCAGAGGAGUGGAGCGGGAGGAGGCUCAUCCCCCAGCGAAGGAUCUCGAUCCGGAGGUUCAUCUGGAGAUCAGAGGGGGCCGGCAUCAGAUGAUAUGGACGGGAUCUCAAGUGGGAACGACUCCGGAGAGAGGGAGAGUGAGGGCGGGAUGGAGAGGGAGAACAGGUCUCACGGGCAUCAGUCCGCACGGAGCUCCCACAGUUCUUCAAACGGCAAGGAUUCUGGCAUGAUACUGGAGACUACAGAGAGCAACAAGAGCUCCAACUCCCAGAGCCUGUCACCUCCCAGUGGCUCCCUGGUCUACAGCCUGCCAUCGAGCAGCUCGGAGCACGACCCCCACUCCACCUCUGGAUGCAGCAGUGGCCAGUCAGCCAGGGUCCAGACGCAGAAGGAGCUAAUGAAGGCCAUCAAAGAGCUGAAGCUCCGACUGCCAGCUGAGCGCAAGGUCAAGGGUCACUCCAGCACUCUAAACGCACUCAAGUAUGCUCUGCAGUGUGUCAAACAAGUCCGAGCUAACAAGGAGUACUAUCACCAGUGGAGUGUGGAGGAGUGUCACGGCUGCAGCCUGGACUUGUCCACCUUUACGAUCGAGGAGCUUGACAACAUCACUUCAGAAUACACCCUCAAAAACACUGACACGUUCUCCAUGGCAGUAUCAUUCUUGUCAGGGAAGGUUGUGUACGUAUCGCCCCAGGGCUCAUCCCUGUUGCGUUGUAAGCCCGAGUGUCUCCAAGGAACCAUGUUUUCUGAUCUUUUGGCUCCACAAGACAUCAGCACCUUCUACAGCAGCACGGCACCCUGCCGCCUGCCCGCCUGGGCUUCCUGCAUCGGGUCUGUGUCUCCUCCAGUCGACUGCACCCAGGAGAAGUCCAUGUUCUGUCGGCUCAGUGCUGACCGGCCGCAGGGCGGCGAGAUGCGCUAUUACCCCUUUCGCCUCACGCCCUACCAGCUCACCAUCAGAGACUCGGACGCCGCUGAGCCGCAACCCUGCUGCCUGCUGAUCGCAGAGAGGGUCCACUCUGGAUACGAGGCUCCUCGCAUCCCACCCGACAAGAGGAUCUUCACCACUAGUCACUCUCCCAGCUGCCUCUUCCAGGAAGUUGAUGAGAGGGCAGUGCCACUGUUGGGCUACCUCCCUCAGGACUUGGUCGGGACACCCAUCCUGCUCUACAUCCACCCUGAGGACAGGCCCAUUAUGGUGGCUAUACAUGAGAAGAUCUUUCAGUUUGCCGGGCAGCCGUUCGACUACUCGCCCCUGCGUAUGUGCGCUCGCAGCGGGGAGUAUCUCACCAUGGACACCAGCUGGUCUUCCUUUGUCAACCCCUGGAGCAGAAAGGUGGCGUUCAUCGUGGGACGGCACAAAGUCAGAACGAGCCCCCUGAAUGAAGACGUGUUCACCAUGCCGCAGGACUGCGAGAGUCGCACCACCACGCCCGACAUCGUCCAACUGAGUGAGCAGAUCCACCGGCUCUUGGUGCAGCCGGUGCACAGUGGCAGCUCUCAGGGCUACAGCUCGCUUGGGUCCAGCGGCUCACGGGGCUCCCACCGCUCCAACCAACAGCACCUCAGUGCCUCGGCCGCCUCUUCCAGCGAAAGCAACAGCCCUGUUGUAGAUGAAGUCGCGGGCGCAUUGCACAAACCUAUGACGUUCCAGCAGAUUUGCAAAGACGUCCAUAUGGUGAAAACAAACGGGCAGCAGGUUUUCAUCGAGUCUCGCAACCGCCCACUGCCAAGAAAAAACACCGGUACAGGCACAGCAGGCAUCAGAGCGAUCAACAGUGAUCCAAUCAGAGGGUUGAUAGCGGACAUGACAAAUCCGUGCAAAAGUUUGGUCCCUGCACCACUUGUACAGAAGGAGCCGUCUACUAGCUACUCCUACCAGCAGAUCAACUGUCUGGACAGCAUCAUUAGGUACUUGGAGAGCUGCAACAUUCCUAAUACUGUUAAAAGGAAGUGUGGGUCUUCCUCCUGCACUGCCUCCUCAACGUCUGAUGAUGACAAACAGGAGCCCAGCGGCAACAGCAAAGGUGGUUCAGUUAACCUCGUAGGUGAACCACCUCCUCUGCCUCCCCUGACCAUGGCCACAAAGGCAGAGAGUGUAGCCUCAGUUACGUCUCAGUGUAGCUUCAGCAGCACCAUCGUCCAUGUGGGAGACAAGAAGCCUCCCGAGUCAGACAUCGUCAUGGAGGAAGCUCCUACAACUCCCACGCUGGCUCCUCCCUAUGCUGCACAGACUCCUCCCACUACCAUCACCCUGACUCCUCUCGCAAGCAGUUCAGCGCUUCCCACAAAUGCAGCCAUCGCUCCUCCUCUCCCUCCCCCUCCGCCACCACCUCCUCUUCUCCCUCAAGCCAGCCAGCCAGAUAGAGACAGCCGGAGAAGUGGAAGUGUAGGAGGCGGAGCAGCGGGAGGUGGAGGUGGCCGGCUGGGUCUUACCAAGGAGGUGCUGUCCGCCCACACUCAGCAGGAGGAGCAAGCCUUCCUCGACCGCUUCAAGGACCUCAGCAAGCUGCGUGUUCUCGAUCAGACGGUGUCUUCGACUGUGCGCUGCCGCACCGCAGCUGUCAACCCUCUGUCACAAGGAGUGCGUUGUUCCCGUGACUACCCAGCUGCAGGAGGUGGCACCGGUCACAGACGUGGUCGGGGCGGUAAGAGACUCAAGCACCAGGAGUCUUCUGACCAGCCCAGCUCUCUGGGCCUGAGUGGGAGUCGACAAGACCCCAGAAGCAGCACUGCUCCCAUGCCUCUCAACGUGCCUCUCGUUCCUCCCACAACCUCAUCCUCCUGGCCUUCUGUAGGCUCCCAGGCUAGCAUGCCCUCUGCUCCUUUUGCCCCUGGUAUGCUUCCAAUCUACCCUGUCUACCCACCUCUUACACAGCCGUUACCUGUCCCAGAUCCGUCACGUUUCCCCCCUGCCCAGAUGGUUCCUCCCAUGAUGGCCUUUGUUCUACCCAACUACAUGUUCCCGCAGAUGGGAGUGCCCAUCUCUCAGCCAGGCUCAACUCCCGGACACUUUUACAAUCCUAACUUCAGUUACCCUGGGGUCCCCACAGCCACUGUCCCUACUACUUUGUCCAACCCAGUGCCCACGCCAGGCACCUGCGCCCCGUCUCGCAGUAGCACGCCGCAGUCUUACACUCAGACGCCAGUCGAUCGUGAAGGUGCAGAGUCUCCCCUCUUCCAAUCCCGAUGCUCCUCCCCUCUCAACUUGCUUCAGCUGGAGGAAUCGCCGAGCAACCGGUUAGAGGUUGCCACGGCACUAGCAGCAUCUCAGCAGGCUUCGCCUUCGGUGCAGGGCGGAGCAGCCAGAGGACAGAGCUCAGCCAAUCAGAGGAGCUCGGAUGAUACCUCCAAGGAAAAUGAGAAUGCUGAGGCUAAUGAGUCCAACAAUGAUGCCAUGUCCACCUCCAGCGACCUGCUGGACAUGCUGCUCCAGGAAGACUCACGCUCAGGCACUGGCUCAGCUGCCUCUGGUUCAGGGUCUUCGGGAACAAGAUCCUCGGGAUCAGGCUCCGGUUCCAAUGGCUGCAGCUCAUCUGGCACCAGCGGCACCAUCAGUAGCCAGGGGACCCACACCAGCAAGUACUUCGGCAGCAUCGACUCAUCGGAGAACGACCAUUCUCGCAAACAGCCAGCAGGGGGCAGCAGCAGCGCGGGAGGAGACGGUGGAGAGGAGCAGUUUAUCAAGUGUGUGCUGCAGGACCCCAUCUGGCUGCUGAUGGCCAACACAGACGACAAGGUCAUGAUGACGUAUCAGCUGCCUGUCAGGGACAUGGAGACGGUGCUGCGAGAGGAUCGUGAGUCCCUGAGGAACAUGCAGAAACACCAGCCACGCUUCACAGAGGAGCAGAAGAGGGAGCUGAGCCAGGUCCAUCCCUGGAUCCGCACAGGACGCCUGCCACGAGCCAUCAACAUCUCCGGCUGUACCGGCUGCAAGUCCCCCCCCGCCGUUCCUCCAGCUGCACCGUUCGAUGUGGAGAUCCACGAGAUGGAGUUGUGCAGCGUGCUCAAGGCUGAGGAGGAGAGCGCCGGCGAGACGAUGAAAAAUCUCUCGGAGACAGCUCACCCGGAAGACGAAGAGGACCAAGGCGUUGAUGAUAAAGGAACCAAAAAGCAAGACAGCAGCCAAGACAUGGCAGCAGAGGAGCAGAGGAUGGGAUCAGACAAAAAUGAGACUUAGCUGCUUAAGCCUGACAGGACUCACCACAUAGGUGGCCCAAAGUGAAAAGCACUAGCGCUCAUCAUGAGCUUCAUCAUGAGGCAGUACGCACCUUGCAGGACUUCCCGUGCUCAAAGCAUCAUUACACAGGGUGCAAAAUGAGCUCUGCUGGGAUGCUGAGGUGCAUAUUGAUCCGGAAAACUUCCAUUUAUUGUUGGACAGCAGGUCAGGGAGGACAUGUUGAUUCCUUGAG